AUGGCUAUAAAUGCUUUUCCUACCGUCCAAAAUUGUGCGUCUAUAGGCCGAGAAAAGCACACGAUGGUCGCUGACAUGGAUGGCACCUUGCUUAUUAGCCGUAGCUCUUUCCCUUAUUUCGCUUUGGUUGCCUUCGAAGUUGGUGGAGUCUUGAGGCUCUUUUUCUUGCUCUUAGCUUCACCACUGGCUGGACUUCUUUACUACUUUGUCUCUGAAUCUGCUGGCAUCCAAGUUCUUAUUUUCGCAACCUAUGUUGGAAUGAAAGUGAGUGAUAUCGAAUCAGUGGCACGUGCGGUGCUGCCAAAGUUUUACUCUAGCGAUCUGCACCCCAAGUCAUGGAGAGUUUUUUCUUCAUGCGGGAAACGUUGCGUGCUUACUGCAAAUCCUAGGAUUAUGGUGGAACCUUUUUUGAAAGAUUUCUUAGGGGCUGAUAUGGUUUUAGGCACCGAGAUAGGAAUUUACAGAGGUAGAGCUACAGGAUUUGUUUGUCAACCUGGGGUACUUGUGGGGAAGAACAAGGCUGAUGCUCUUCAAAAGGCUUUUGGCGAGGCACUGCCAGAUGUUGGGCUUGGAGAUAGGCAUACAGACAUUCCCUUCAUUGCAUUGUGCAAGGAAGGUUACAUUGUGCCACCGAAACCGGAGGCUAAGGCAGUUAGAAGCGAGAAGCUCCCAAAGCCUGUAAUUUUUCAUGAUGGCCGGCUUGUUCAAAAGCCAACACCUCUCAUGGCUCUCUUAAUAAUUAUCUGGAUCCCCAUAGGAUUCCUCCUAGCCUGCUUGCGCAUUGCUGCUGGUUCACUCCUCCCCAUGCCUCUAGUCUACUACGCUUUCUGGGCACUCGGAGUUCGAGUGACUGUCAAGGGCACCCCACCCCCACCAGUGAAAAAAUCAACCGGUCAAUCUGGUAUCCUCUUCAUUUGCUCCCAUAGAACCUUACUCGACCCAAUCUUUCUCUCUACGGCUCUUGGACGCCCCAUCCCGGUGGUGACCUACUCAGUCUCUCGACUUUCAGAGAUCAUUUCACCCAUCAAAACUGUUAGACUAAGCAGAGAUAGAGCCACAGAUGCAUCCAUGAUUAAGAAGCUACUUCAAGAGGGUGAUCUAGCUAUCUGCCCUGAAGGAACUACUUGUCGGGAACCAUUUCUGCUGAGGUUUUCAGCCCUUUUUGCAGAAUUAACUGACCAGCAUGUGCCCGUUGCCAUGGUGAACCGUAUGAGCAUGUUUCACGGCACCACAGCCAGGGGAUGGAAAGGGAUGGACCCAUUUUACUUUUUCAUGAACCCUAGCCCAGCAUAUGAAGUAACUUUCUUAAACAAGUUGCCGAUGGAGCUGACAUGUAGCUCAGGAAAGUCUAGCCAUGAGAUUGCCAAUUACAUACAAAGGGUGAUUGCUGCAACUCUUUCAUAUGAGUGCACAAGCUUUACAAGGAAAGAUAAAUACCGAGCCCUGGCUGGGAAUGAUGGAACAGUGGUUGAGAAACCUAAGUUUUCAGCCAACAAAGUAAUGGGCUGUUAA